CCAACUUCCUCCAAACACUUCGGGUGAACCUGUUCCCAACGCGCCAAGGGAUCCUCCAAAAGAUACUCCUUUUACUUUGGCUGAACUUGCAGAGUACGAUGGUUCCGAUCAAAGUCGUCCGAUAUAUGUUGCGGUUAAGGGCACAGUAUUUGAUGUAACAGGAAAACGACCCCUUUAUGGAAUGGGCGGUACCUAUCAUUCAUUUGCUGGUAAAGACGCCUCAAAGGGUCUCGCUACGGGAUCAAUGACUGAUGUAGCUGGUGACUGUAGUUCGUUAAAUGAAUCUCAG